AUGGCGACAUUGAGCGUGUCGAGAUGCACGGCGGAGACGGAGAAGGGAGCACACACGUUUGAGAUCAACGGGUAUAGCCUGCAUCGAGGCCACGGCGUCGGCCGCUUCCUCCGAUCUGCCAACUUCACCGUUGGUGGCCAUCUGUGGUCCGUGGUCUUCUACCCUGAUGGAUGUCGUGAGGACUGCAAGGACUUUGUGUGUGUUGGUCUCCAACUAAUGAGUUGGAGCAUAGGUAUGGUGCAUACAUCAUUCAUACUCAGCUUCCUCCACCCGACCAACAUACAGCCUUCUUCAUCGUCAGCACCGGUAGUGUUCAAUUUUUAUCAAGCGUGUAGUUCUUUUGUAUGUCACCGCUUCAUGAAAAGAAGCAUGCUAGAAAAAGCUGGAUACAUUGUUGAGGACAACCUCAAACUCCACUGCACCCUAACCGUGAGCAAGUUGCCACGGGUGGGUGAGACCAUGCAUCUAGAAACCAUACUUCCACCCCCAUCUGACAUCACAGAGCAUCUCAUGAAGCUGUUGGAGACCCAAGAGUGCACAGAUGUAAUAUUUGUGGUUCAAGGGGAGGAGUUCCCUGCCCACAAGCUCGUGAUGGCGAUGCGGUCGCCAGUCUUCAAGGCGCAACUCUAUGGGCAGAUGAUGGAGAAGGAUAUGAAUCGCAUCAUUGUCCCUGAGAUGCAACCUUUUGUAUUUAGGGUUCUUCUCCAUUUCAUCUAUACUGAUGCAUUGCCUUCCUUGGACGAUCUUGAUGGAGAUAGCAUGAAAGACAUGAUCAAGCAUUUGCUCCUGGCCGCAGAUCGAUACCUUAUGGAAAGGCUAAAGCUAGUGUGCGAAAGCAUUCUUUGCAAGGAGCUUGAUGUCAAGUCUCUGGCGAAUAUGCUGGCCUUAGCGGACCAACAUAGUUGCACCGGGCUAAAAGAUGCUUGCAUUGAGUUUGUAUCCUCUUCAAGCAUAGCAAAUGAAGUUGCAGAAACCCAAGCGUACAAGGAGCUCAAAAGAACUCAUCCUUCCGUUGUAAUGGACAUGUGGGAGAAGAUCAUCAAGCGUCCUAGGACAUAA